ACGCAUCGCGAUUCCUGCCGCGAUGCGCUUCGCCUCGCCUUCCCGGCGGAUGUUCUGCCGCCUCCUCUGCACGCUGCCGCAGAAACUCAACAACGUGCAUUUCCUCCUCCGCGACCGUGUCCUUAAGGAGGCGCGGUGCUGGCUCACGGAGUACCUCCACUCUGAUCGCGCCAUCCCCUUCUCCCACGCCGACUCCAUCGUCUCACACGCCCCAUUCUCCCUCUCCGCCUUCCUCUCCCAGGUCCCCUUCCCAUCGAACACCGCUCGCGCGGACUUGAAGCGCAUCUUCCGCCGCUUCCUCACAUACCACCCCCUCGACGAGUACGACUUUUUUUUCGAGAGCAUCGGCCUUCCUCCCUCCUCUUCCUCCUCCUCCUCCUCUGCCGCCUCCGCUUAUCCCAGUUACUUCCUUUCCGACGACUCCUUGCUCCUUGCCGCAGUCUCCGCGCUCGUGCACUACGGCUUCCCUUGGACAAAGCUCGGCCUCCUCUACCGUGAGGAGCCCCGCAUCUUUUCAUCAGAUUCCGACAGACUUAUUUCCAGGCUCAGCGCCCUCGAGUCCCGUGGCUUUCAUCGCGCAUGCAUCAUCGGCAUUUGCCUUGCUUUCCCCUCCGCGCUGAGUGCAGAUGCUGACCCUGGUGGCGAAAUCGAUCACUUGUUUCAGUAUCUGAAUAAGGUCUUCCUCGACUUCGAUCUUUCACAAUCCGUCCCGGAAAACAAUGUGGACAUCUUCCUCCAGGUGUGUAGGAAUAUUCGUGUGUUCUAUGAUUUGGAUUCUAGAAAGGAAACGAUGGGCGAGCUGAUGUGCAAGAACCUUCGGAAGAUAUUUCUUGAGCUGGAUGCUGCGUUAAUAGCUCAAAAAUUGAAGUUUUUCAUCAAUUUAGGGAUGGAGGCUUCUGAAGCUGGGCAUUUCAUUCUUAAACAUGCUGAUAUUUUCAAUACCGAUUUGGAAAACCCUAGCAUUUUGAUGCCAGAGUAUCUCAAAUCCAUUGGUUUGAAAAAGGAUAAUGUUGCUACGCUGUCUGGGAGCUUUCCUUAUGUGAUGGGCAAGAAUAAAUUAGGGAAUUUGCCGGCUACCUUGAAAGCCAUGAAUCUGCACAAUUGGUUCCUAGGCAAGAUCUUGAAUGGGAAUCUCCAUUAUCUCUCACCUGAAUUUAUUCUAACUAGCUCUCAUAACACAUCAUCAGAGAAUGGGUUUCGUCAUGGUUUGGAAAGGCUAAAAUCAGCAAGGAUGAAUCUGUAUUUGGACAAGAAAGUGGAAUUCUUGCUGAGUAUCGGAUUUGGGGAGAAUGAGCUGACACUCAGAUCCGUAUCAGCACUCCAAGGCCCAAACGACCAACUGCAGGGGCGCUUCGAUUGCAUUCAGGGGCUGGGUAUUGAGUACUCCACGCUUUGUAGGAUGAUAAAUGCAAAACCCCUUAUAUUGAAUCUGUGCAAAGAUACCGUCCGUGAGAAAGUGAAUUUCCUUUGCAAUGACUUGGGCUACUCGUUGGAGCACCUUGAAAAUUUCCCUGCUUUUCUGAGUUAUGGUCUGGAGAGCCGAACUAAGCCAAGAUUUAAAAUGCUAGAUUGGCUUAAAGAACUUGGCUUGCUGAAAAAGCAUCUUGCGCCAUCCACCUUCCUUUCAUAUUCUGAGAGGGAAUUCAUCACUUUCCUCUAUAGUGUCCAUCCAGCUGCUCCUAAGCAGUGGCUGGAGUGCUACUUAUCGAGAGGGGACAAUGGAAAUCAAAGAACCUUAUUUAUGCCUUGCCGCGGGCAUAAGAAUCCUGCUUAAAGAAUUGACAAAUACUUUUUUUCAUUGUUAAUCAUUAAGGCUCUUCAGUGUACAUGUAAACAUUAUUGGAACUUAUGAUUUCUUUCAUACCAUAAGUCAGUCAGCCAUUACCUUUGGAAUCUGCAAAAUUAGCAUUUAUGGAUGUAUCGUUGUUGUUCUUAUUCAUAUUGUCCUAGUUCUGACUCAACCCUAAAGAUAUUCCAAAUGAAUCAAGAGACCUGGCCUUGAGUCCUUGGAAUAUUUUGAUAAAUGACACUUAUCAAGCAUAAAACUAGGCACUACUUGGAUGUUUGCUAAAUUCUUUUUUUAGACAAUCUUUUAGGAAAACAAUUUAAAGCUUGCAGAAUACUAGUAUUUCCAAUUUUAUGUUUAAGAGCUGACACAGGUUUUGAAUAUCUACUGGCUUUGUGAAUCCUUAUUAGUUCGAACAGGUCAGUUAACUUGGAUCUGCUUUCAUAUUUCACUCCACUUUAUUCUUGUGGAGCAACUGAACAUGAUCUAAUUUUUUUUCCACUGUUUACGUCUUAUGUUGGCCACACAAUGUGUAUCGUAUUAGUAGAAACUGAUCAUCAUCUGUGGUGGGAACAGACUAUUUGCUGGAUUUUCAUACAUGUAAACCUCCUUGCGAUGCACCUCCAACCUUUGUCUUUUGGAUGGCAAGCUUCCGGGGAAGUAACAUUAUUUUAUCUAAGCAGCUUGAUGUUGCAAAGUUACAGAAUACUGGUGACAUCUGAUCUUCUACAAAGAAAAGAGUAUGCAGGCGGCAGAGUAAACUCACAUAGUCCAUAAUUUUAUGACUCGUGAUGAACCACGGGAUAGUCUACCAGCCAAGUUGAAGCUCAUUUUGCCUCUCAACAUUUUUAUCCUUUUUGUUAUUAUUUAUUAUUAUUUUUUUGGGUCUAGUGUUUAGGGACAUUUUCAUCUUUUAAGCGUACUGAUGUAUCUUCCCAAAGUUUUAUUCCCAUCCCCUG